AUGAGACUGAAUCGCUUCCCAGGCCUUCUUCAAACGCACUGCCAUUCAAUUCCUCUACGCUGGCGCUGGCUCUCCGAUGUUCGGCAUGGUAUGUAGUGGUAAAAUGUGUGAUCGGGAUCAACUGCACGAUCGUACGGCCCCCAGCGAGCGGAUAUCCCAAUACGUCCGCCCUAUGAAAGCGGGAAGACAGAUUAGAAUAUCUCGGUGCCCAUACUUGUAGGUAGGGCCUCGAACGUAUAUAAGCUGACACUUUCGAACAAGGGUGUGCAAACACCAUCCAUUUCACUCACCUGCGAAUAGCGACAAUACCCUCUUACCGCCCCAGGUAGUCGGAUACACUCAUCAUGUUCGCGCACUUCAACGUCUUCAAGAAGAAGCAGGAUGCUCAGCACGAAGCCGGCUUCACGCCGCUGAGUCGACAGAAGCGAGUCGAGAAAAAGUCUCGUCGUUCCGGCGAGAAAGCGCGCGCGUCUACUGGCACUAUUGAGUUGCCUUCCACCGCAAAAGAGGCAUCCGAACUCAGGAGAUGCGGCGGCCAGACAUAUAUCAAGUCCCCUAAAGGGACUGAGCAGUACGAUCCCUUCGAGCCGCCUCGAGAGCCGGCAACCCCCUAUGCUGCCGCUAGGCCACCGUCUGCUCGCCCUCGAAUCGAUCGGAAUACUACGUCAGUGUCUUGCACUAUUCGCAACCCCUUCCGCAGUCAGUCCAGCGAAUCCAUCGACACAAUUGGUCAGCUGUCGGAGUGGUCCACCGAAUCGGUCGCGCCCAUCGGACGCACAGUUCCUUCGUACCUGCCAAAGUGGGGGGUGACUCCUAUCAUUGGAUCCCCUCACAAGGCUUCGAUCACCACCACUCUUGACCCCUUCCUGGACGCAGAAGAUAGCUCGUCCGAGCCGGACUCUCCAGCUACCCCUGUCGUCGUCAUGCGAUAGAAGAGCGUGGGUACGGCUUUCAGAGAAAAUGCUUUAGCUCCCAAACCUACUCGUCGUUACCCUACCCUGCGGCUACCAUCCAACGACGGAAAACC